CGGCCAGAGAGAUUUUUGGUCGAAGGAUGCCUUUGAUUCACUUGAAAGUUUUCACUCGUUGUUCAUGGACAUAAUACAUAUAAUUUCAUGGAGUGCAACGUUGUCACAGUUUGGUCUUCUUUCCACAGGGAUGUAAGUACGGAUCAUUAAUUUUGUAAAUAUUUUGUUUGUAAACUGAGUAGAGAAAAAGAACGCUUCAUCGCCGGCCAAGCGUCUAAAUUAAAUGCGGUCAAGUGGUCUUUUUCCCUUUUUUUCUGGGCUUGACUUUUGCUUAUUUUAUCUAGAAGUUGAUUUCAAUUAAGAACAGUUCAAGCGUGGAAAAUCAAGAAAUUUUGUAAAGGGUUUUUGGUUUUAAUUUCGCGUUAUCCUUGCAUACCUAAUUAAAUAGUCUUUCCCCUCACAGGAAAUGGCAUAGUCAAAUAACCAAUUGUAAUUUCAGUAAUGAUUUUAUGUGUUUGAGGAAUCAUAACCUUGGUUUGCCCAGGCUUCACCAAGUCAUCAUAUCAUUUUGUCAGGCACAGGAAUCAUAACCCUGGUUUUUAAAGGCUUUAUGAAAUCAUUUGAGGAAUCAUAACCUGUGUUGUCAUAGCUAAGAAUCAUAACCACGAUGUUGCAAGACUUAUUAAAUCAUUUGAGGAAUCAUAACCCCCACUAUCGCAUUGUUAAAAUCAAAGUAUCACUCAUUGUAGCUUGAGAGUAUACUGUCAGUGGAAUCAUACCCCCCCCCUCCCCCAAAUUAAAGAAUUUCCCAAAUCCUUUCAUUCCAGAUAUGUGAAUAUACAGGAAAUCAUCACAAUGAUUUUUGCUUUUUGUUUAUUUGGGUCUUAAAAUUAUGCUCAGAUACAUUUUUUUUUUUUUUUCAAACAUUUCCCUUUUAAUAACAAUUUGAAAAAUGCUUGGUGAACUGAAGUAACAUAAGCAAAAUUCCAGAGUCUCCCCCACAAAUUGCACUGUGAAGUGUGCGGAUCAAAAAAUAAUCCAAUAUGGAAAAAUAACAAUACACAAGGAAUCAGUGUAGAUAACAGCUGUCCGAGAAAACGUAAGUUUAAUGGCGAUGUUAUAUAUACAAAACAAUGUUGUCUGAAUGUUAAUAAAAGAUAAUCAAGUUCGUGUUUAAAUUAAUAAACAUUAAUAGACCAGUGAAAUCCAAUUAAUAAUGAACAAAUAUCAAUAAACAAUGUAAAAUAACAAAUUUGUUUUUUUUGCUGCAAUGCGCCAAAUUGCGCGAUUGUGGCAAUCCUUACUAUUGUGUGACAAUGUUUGCGUUAAUUGAUUUGACUCAAGUUGAAACAUUUUUGGUCGACCAAAGGGGAGAAAUUGCUCCUUCGAGAAGGGAUUUUUUGACUAAAUAUACAUGGAAGUGCAAAAUCCAGAAGAACUUAUGAAAGUGUUACACAAAUGUACUUGAUAAUCCUUCUGCUAAAAAGCCAGUUGAAUUCAUUUGUUGAGCAAGCAAUUAUAUCAUGUCAGAAUUAGAGAAUUAAAUAGGAGAUCAAAACAUAUUCCCCACAUCCUCUUUUUAGACUAGUGAAAUCCAGUAUUUACUCCUUAAGCCUGACAAUAUCAAUAAACAAAUUCUGUGAGACUGAUCAUGAUAUCCCAUACAUCUCAUUAUAGAAAAUUUGAUAGAGGAUCAAAACUUAUUCCCUUCGGAGAUGACUAUUUCUAUGAAAGUUCUCAGAACCUUCUCUCUUGAUGACAUAUUGAUAUUGCCAGUAGGAACUGAUUGACGUUCAGGGUCACUAUUAGGAAUUGUAAGGUUCAAUACUUAUAUACAUGUAUAUUAUAAGUUGUAACCACUUCUCUCCCAGAAUGGCAUGCAAUUGUCAAAAGUAUCUGACAAGAUUUUUAAAUUUCAUUCUGUAAAGUGCUAAAAAAAAACAGAUAGCGCCUAGAGUUAUGCCAAAGAGGUUUCAUUUGAAUGGUCAUACCACAGAAUUUCAUCAGCAGAUUUUAAAUCUAGUACAAGAGUCAUUAUUCAUUCUGGGAAUGAAGAGAUAAUUAAUACAUCAUUCUGUUGUUGAUCUACUGGUUUGUGUCAGUGACCUAUACUAGCUGGAACACUACACUUUGUGUUUUAAAUUUCACACAGCACAGUCUUUUAAAGACAACCAAAGAAUAAUUUAGACCGAACCUUUCAAAUAAGAUCCUUUAAUGGACCAAAAAUGUCUAUAAUUUUUAAUAUUGCCAGACCUGCCAACUCUCACAAUUCUGGCUUCAAAGACUCUCAUGAUUUUUCACUUGUCUCAUGGCCCCGCAACAAGACUCCCAAUCUCAUGUUUUUUGGGGGAGAUAUCUUUCUGAAACGAAAUGUUACCUUGUUGAAUAUAAAACAGAAAUUCUGUGGGAUGCUAGUGCCAGUGUUUAACCUUAAUGGGGCUUUGUAACAUUUUAGCCACGAAUUGGCAGGUCUGUAUUGCUAUCUCUUACACAUGUAGCCUCACUUACACUGUCCUUAAUCAGUAAAAUCUCCCUGAAAGAGAAAUGGUGAUGAGUCAACAGCCAUAGAUAAACUAUCCUCGGUCUCCACCAGUGAGGAGCGCAGUGCCCCAGCAGCCACCAUGAGGUUGCUGCGUUCACUUGAUGGGCCCAAAGAUAACUUACCUAUGCUUGUUUGAGGCUUUCUAGUUAAUGCUAGCCUGCCCCUCUUUUGUUGUGCACGUAAGGCUGCAUCAGCAGUAGAUGUUGUACAGCACCUCAGAGGGGUCAGACUAGCUGAUGGAGCCUUAGCUGCUGGCAGUGGAACAUUCUCUUUUGCCAGCUCCAUCAGGUCUUUGACAGACACUUGCUGACUGGGUGCCUUAUUACCACUAAGAAGAGCCAGCAGGCGACUUCCCCUGCGUUGAUUUUUCCUGGCUGUUUUCCUGCCUCUCUCCAAACUGAUCUUGCGUUUCAGGAGAAGGUCAGGCGUGCAUCCUCAUCCUCAGAAUCGUAAACUACCACUUCCUUUGCUUCCACUGGGGCAAUCGUACUUCUCAGCUCCUUUAUCUCUUCACUGCUCAACUCCUCCCUUUCCAAUGCUUUCCUUACUUCCCUGUCUCUCUUUUCCUGGAAGUUAACAUUUUGGUACAUUUAUGAGACAUUGAUUAAUUGAAGCCAUUGUGGAAAGAAAGGAACAGCAGUUUGUUAACAAAUAAUUAUAAUAGUUAUAAAUAAUGAUACAAUAAUAACAACUGGUCAGUGGCACUUCAGUAACUGUAUAGCGAGGUUUUUCCAGAAUCUAUCCACAUUCUUAGGAUGUGUCCUUUGAAAUGCAUGGAAUGUGACACCACAAAGGCCCUGGUCCAUCUGAUGUCAGUAAUCACGUGAAUUAAUGCACAUGCAAGUGAUGCAACAAUCAUUAGUCAAUUCAAAGCACACGUAGUGUACACAAGUACAUGUGCUAGGCACUUUAAUAAGCUUACAUUUAUUUAUGUGAAUUCAUUCAAAUUUAAUUUCUCACUAAUCCCUGCGUUAAUUAUCUUAAUCUGCCAGCUGUAAACAACCAGGCAGUGGAGAAUACAUUAAUCCUGUCCCUCACUUGUCCUGGCAUGAACACCCUACCUCGAUAUCCCUCCAUUCAUUUUCCCUCAUCUAAGCCAUUUGAGUAUGAAAGUAAAAAAUAUAGUAUAAUCCUACCAUUGUUAGAGCGGUUCCUUUUGUUAAGAAACCGCUGUCUCCUUCUUUUUCUCCUUGUCUGCCUUAAUUUGAGCUUGGUGUCUUUGACUCCUAUAAUAUCUUUUAAUCCUUUUUCCAAUAAUGCUUCUUGUUGGUAAUGACACACCACUUGAUGACAUCAUCUCUCUUACAUACUCGACCAUCUCAGUUCUCACAGAGUCUUGAACAUCUGACCAAGGCACUGUUACGAAUUUUAAAUUAUUGCCGUUAGCACAAAUAGAAUUUAAAACAGUCAAUACACCCCACUCGAGUAACAUCAACUGAUAAUAAAUUAAAUUUAAUAUAUGGACAAUACGUGUUCCCAACUUCAAUUUUCAAACUAAACACAUACAAUACAUCCGACUUCUUAACUAACAUUUAAGAUGCAAAUAUUCUUUCAGGAUUCAAUUAUACAUUUGAUUUCCUCCCACUAUAUCUACCGGUAAUAAAUUAUAGGAAGAAUAAGGUUGUCUAAUUAUACCUUCUCCUGGAUUAAUUUGAUCCUUGAAUUCAAAUUCAAAUGCAUCUCGUAUAAUGUCCUGUGAAAUACUUCAACAAGAGCAUAUCUGUUGAAUUAUAAUUAAGUCAACAUGUAAUAUGGAAGGGUCUCACUGUCUUACAAAUCUCAGCCACAUAAUUUAAUAUAUGUUGUGCUCAUUAUAAGUGGAAGGAAAUAUCACUGAGUCAAUUAAAUGGUUAAUAUAUUUUUUUUGCGAUAUGUGGAUCUAUAGGUAGAUUAUGUUUUCCCUAUUAUUCAGAUUUGCCUCAAAACCCAAUAUAUGAAAUAAAAAUGCACCUUGUUCAUCUUUUUUAUUAUUAUUUUUGAAGCAAUUAGGGUAGUAGUUUUUAUGGUUUCAUUACAUUUUAUAAUGAUAUGAAUAUAAGAUAUUAUAUUAACCCUCGGACAUACAAGCAAAUUCAUACCCCCACCAUGGUACAAGGGGGGGGGGGGACUGGGUGGAUGGAACCCAUCCCCAGAGUUUUUGAUACGUUGCAGUAUUUUGUAACGAUAUUUUACCUUUGGUGGAAAGCCUUUCAUCUUCUCUACAAGAUGAGGUAUAUUUUAUGGGUGGUGGUGCUGCUGGGGGCCUGUGACGUCACCAACAAUGGUUGCCAUCUUGGUUGCAAUCUUGGAUUUUACCAAGGAUUAGAAAUCAGGUUAAAAUCGUGAGAAAUGGUGAUUUUUUUGUGCUUCAGAUGAAAAAUAACACACAAUUAAGCACUUUGUAUGAUUUUGGCCACAAGAUUUAGUUAUUUUUGAAAAAGUUGGAAAAAAAAUGUACUUUCACUCAAAAAUGGCUUGACCACCUCUUACUUGAUGUCAUAUCUCGUAACCAUAGAAAUGGACCAUGACCAAAAAAUUAAACUUGACUCAAAAUAUGUGCGAGGGAUGAACGAAUAGCUACUGAAAAGAUCCUCUGGGAGAAAACCUUAUGGGCAGGGGGGUGGCAUCCAACUCCCCGCCGUUGUACGUCCGCGGGUUAAUGAGUUUUAUAGAUUUAUUUUGUCACAAAUUAUUGAAUUAUUUAUUAAUUGGAUUUUUGUAUGUAAAUUUGAAAAUGUGUAUGUACUGUAGUUCUUUGUGUCCGGGGGCGGGGGUACUGCCAUAUAUGUGCUAUAUAGGUAUGUGCCGCUGUGAAGGGUAUGGUUUUCAAGCAGUUUACUCUAGGAUAGAGUAUAUAAAUCAGAGCGUUUGGGUCUAGAAUAGGGUAUCAUUUUUCAGGAAACUGAGCAGUUGGUUGAAGAUUUUAUCUAGACUAGGUAAACAGCUACUCUAGGAUAGGGGGAUUUGGGGAGUUUACUCUAGUAUAGGGUAGCAAAAUUCAGCUGAACUAGCUCUGGUAUAGGUUAAGGGUUCCAGGGUCCCAGCAGCACAUCCCCACCCAGAAAUUCCUAAAGUACCCCCGGGUUUGUGUUAUACAAGGUUUUCAGUUCAUAACAUUUAUUAAUCUAUGAAAUAAUGACAGAAGGACUUCAGUUGCAGACUGUAGAGGACCGAACUUUGAACAAGUGAUUUUAGUGCCCUACCCGGCUCCAAAAAGCGCUCAAAUUUGUGCCCCAACUGAGUCAGAUCAGUUACAGAGUUUAUUUUUAAAAAGUAGCUCACAGGAUAUAUUAAAAGUGGAUUGGCCAUACACUACAUAGCGUGAAAAUCAAGUAAAAUGUCCCGUCGAAAUAUACGUCUGAAAGAUGCAGCUGACGUCAACAAAUGUCCUAGUAUAUAGUUUUUUCCCCCAAAAGCUAGCGUUUAAGUAAAUUGUAACAUUUGGCUUUUACUUACCAGUGGUACAACUUUUGACGGUGCAGGUGACUAGAGGAAAACAAAAGGAAGAAUUUUUUGUCAAUUAAGUGUUGUCAUGAAACCACUUAAUUAAUUAUCAAACAAACCCGCAACAAAAACAACACACUUAACUUACGUGACUUUUCGCAAUUGCUUGCUCAACAAAGGAAUUCAACUGGCUUCUAGCCGACGGAUUAUCGAGUAACACUUUCAUAAGUUCUUCUGGGUUUUGCACUUCCAUUUUCCGCCAAAAUCCCCUUUGAAGGAGCAAUUUCUCUCCUUGCGUCCACCGAAAAAUUUCAACUUGCGUCAAAUUAGCGCAAACAUUGUCACGCAAUAAUAAAGCUCGCCACAUUCGCGCAAUUUGGCGCUAUCUCGCGAAAAAGGAGCACCAAAAUAUCCAGCAGAUCGUACAUGUAUGACAAACCCAAGAAUUAAAUACAGAUUAUUUAAGUUAGUUCAGAAUGGCAGAUUAUCAGACGUGUUUCUGCCCUGAAUGCCGAGGUUGCUUGCGCUCAAGACGGACUGUUUUCAGACAUCGGAACCUUUAUGGAUUAGAUCGGUACACGGAGAACAUCAAAUGCAGCGGGCAGCCAUCUAAAAAAAGCCAAAUUUUCCAAUUUAAGGACAUCAGAGAUACCAGGUAAGUCUUUUCUUCUAUUGAUAGCACUUUGUCGAUUUAAAUACAUAUGUAUGCCGCGUAAAUCUUCAACUGGGAAAACUUACUGGGAGAAGCGGAUUUGGGACUGGACUUGAGGAAUUUGGAAUUCAAAAUCGCGGAUUUGCAAUCAAGGAAUAUGGACCAUUCGGCAAAAUAAGUCAAAAAAAGUUAAUUUAAUUGGAAAAAGUAAAUGGAUUUGAUUGAAUUACAACGGAAUUUUUAACUUCACAUGAUGGUGCAUUUCUAUUUUUUUUUUGUAUCUUAUUUCUUCAAGAUGCCGCUGGUCAGCCAGCUGGACAUGACAACCCUCCCUCUAUUGACAUCAAAUCUGGGUCAUGUGAGGUGAAUGUCACUAAUGAUGCUCACACUCUUACUGGUGAGUCACAUCAAGAAGUACUUUUAUUACAAGAAAUGAUUUUAGAUUUUUCUAGAAAGUAGGUAUGAUAGAAGGGCUUGAAUUCUCUUUUCCUGGACAUUACUGUCAGUUGUCUUUGUGCUACUUUCAGCCCUGGAUAUAACACUAACUCUGGCUUCUGAAAGUCAGCAAAUUGACUCCCCUAAAUACGGGGAAGAGGAGGGAACUUCUCAGUUGUUUUAGCAUAAGAUACAGAGGCGGAUCCAGGAUUUUUUUUUAGGAGGGGUGCACUCGUCUCUUUCUCUACUUCAACACCAAUAAACUACAUAGUUUUUUUUGCAGAAUACCAGUUGCAUUAGAAAAACCAGGUCAUCUCAGGGGUGGGGUGCACACCCUUCACCCCCCCUAGAUCACCCCCGGAGAUAUAUGUUACAAGUCAAUCAAAUUCAGCUGAAAAAAUCUCAACCUAAUAUGAUAGGUUGAUUCUCAAUUUCCUUUGUCUCCAAACCCUAAUUCAUGUGAAUAAUAUUAUUGGGGCUAGGAGACAAAGGAAACAGACAAUAUGUACCUAGAUAGAAAAAUUUAACCUGAACUUAAUUUUGACAUGUAUUGUGUAUACAUGAUCGUCAAAAGAAAAAAGAAAGUCAACUUCAAAAGAGGCACAGUUUAUAUAUUUUUUUUCAUCUUUGGUCUUAUAAUUAUGUAUAGCCCCAUUGGGAAAAUAGAGUUUCAUCCCCACUUAAUACUCUUUAUGCUUCUGAGACAGCAGUCACCAUAGUAUUUAGUUUUUAAUUCAGGAAUAAACACACAAAAACAUACCGACACUAUUUCCAAAGCUUACAUUUCAGCUUUAUUUUUUUAUAACAGUCAUAUACAACAUUUUUUUAUUACUUGCAAACUUAAUCGAAAAACAAUAACAUUCAAGUUUGACUUGGUUAUUUUAAUGUUGCAAUUAAGACCACUCAGUUUAAUAAUAAUUAAUUACUUAUUAAUAUAAUACAUUAUUACUCCUCCUCAAAAUAUGUUUUGUUUUCUACAUUAAAAAUAAUGAAAACAUAGACUCAUUGCUUGAGAACAUCUAAUUGCCAGUAUUCUUAGCAGCCACCUUAAAUGUUGGAUUUUGUUUGCUCCAGGUGAAGUUCAAGGAUCUGUGAUAGACAUGACAUGUAGCAAUAAUAACAUCAGUGCUGAGGAAACUAAAAUGCAAAUUUAUUCAGGUAUAUUUUUUAUCAAUACCUUUAUCAUGAAUUUUACUGAAUCAAAACAACCUUACCAGUAUAUAGUGAGAUAAAUCUUAAAAGCAAUGCCUAUAAUCCUUGCUAGUAGGAGAAUUCCGAUGUAAAAGUGACAGGCCAGGUAUUAUUUUGGGUGCCUUGAAUUAGCCAAGGAUUUUUUGGGGGUAUCUUAAACAACGUUAUUGGCGUAUGGUAGUGCUAGUGCCACACGUCUUCUUCUGUUGGUUUUGAUUUAACCUCUUUCAAUUAUCCCUGUCAAUUUAACUCUGGGGUACUCUAUCCUGGUGGUCAUUGGCUUUGUAGUUAAUUGCAUGGCUAUGAUUGGAUCGUCUGUAAGGAUCAGUUAAUGAAUUAACUACAGGCAACAUAACCUUCAAUCACACAGAUGUUAAUGGGAAGAGGUGACACCACUUUACUCAUCUCAUAGUGGGGUCCUCUUCCUUGGGAGGAAUAAUUCCCCAUACUGAUUACAAUUUUAACUUUUUUCAGGUGAAGAUGGACUUGCUGACUCUGAAGAAAGUGACAAGGAAGAUCAAGGGAUUGCUGUCUUAAAAGGUAUAAUUUUUACUUUCAUGAAAUCUGUAUCAGUUUAGAAUUGAAAUCAAAGUAACCCUCAAUUUGUUUGGUAGACUUUAAUGAGCAUACACAGGGUUGUCACUAAGAUUUCAACUUGCCGGGUAAAUACAACAAGUAGGCGGGGAAUCAAAUGGCCAGGGAUUUCUUUUGGUUCUAUUUUUCUUCUAUUUUCCGAUAAAAGUAGCCGGGGAAAAUCCCCUGCCCCCGGCUCUUAAUGACAACCCUGAUACAGAACAGAGAAUUAAUACAGAUGUUUAAUGCACCUGUCCAUGUAAAGCCUGAGGGGGGGAGGGGGGGUUGAGGAAGGGCAUUGCAUAAGGAUUUGAAUGUUUUCUGUUGGCCCUGGAGUUAAGCAUUUGACUAAUGUUCUUCUGGGGGGUGGGAUAUUUGAACCUUCCUUUUUUUACCAACGUGGCAUGUGGAGAUAUUGACCACUAACUCAGACUUGUCAAGACCGAUCACAUGUGUUCCACUUCACGCAUGUGCCGUACAGUCUGGAAAUCAAGAAUAAUUAUUAAACUUAAGACUUUUUAACCUUUUGUUGUUGUUCACAAAAGAUCAUAACAUCACAUUCUUAUAUCUUAUAUCCAUGGGACAGGGCCAUUAGUUGGAAUUCUAUAAUUGAGAUUAAACAACAAUGUGCAGCUCCCCACCAACUUCACAUUGAUAGGUGCAUAAGGGAACUAUUAAUAAUUGUCUAGGAAUUUAAUAUUAGGAUGAUCUGACUGAUCAGCUGCCAGAGGACAACAACUUAAUACUGUCUCAUGUGUGAUUGGUUGUGGAUAAUCAAUUCAAAAGCUGACUGCAGCUAAAUCUACAUUAACAUGUAUUCAGCACUACAAUGAGCUGCUUGUUUGUUCUCAGGGUUUCUGUCUAUGAGAGAGACUUUUUAAAUUCAUUGUUUAUUGCCAAAUAUAUGUAACUUAAAAACUACAGUCUUUGAAGAAUGCAUGACUGUAAAUACUAAUAUACUUCUGGUAAUUCACACCUCUAGACACUAUAGAACUAUCAGACUGCAGCACUGAAUCCAAGCAGACCAGAGGAAAGACAUGAUGGAAGGAGAAAGUGCUGCAGUAAAUGGUGCAGACCAGUGCAAGGAGGAAGAGCUGAAAGAAGAUGUCAUGAAGACAAAAGAAGAGGGAAACUAAUUCGCUGGAUUUCGUUAAUACUUUUACGUUUAAAACUAUCAUUUAAUUUAUCUAAUGCUAUUUUUUCUAUGUUGCUAGAUCUUAUUUAUUUCAUUUUUGGGUAAUCGUCACCCCUUAUAUAUGCUUUUCCCGAAGUCAAUCAGUGACCUUGAAACCAUUGCCAAUCUUAAGGUUCUCAACAAAACAAUACUUUUUGCUGUUUGCCCCAACCCCAAAUGCUCGUGUCUCUACCAGAUGAAUGAUAUUAGUUCUGAGAGGGAUGGGGUUUUAAAGCCUCGCUUAUGCAGGAACAAAUUAUAUGGGAAAAGGUGUAAUGCAGAACUUUCUUUUGAACUAAAAGCUUUCAUUUGGAAAAACUAAAAUGAAUCCAUAUAAGACAUAUCCCUUUUAGCACCUUCUGAGUGGAUAAAGACAUUUUUUAAUCUGGAAGAAUUCUUAAAUCUCAUAAGAAACCGCCUGAACCAUCAACAACUGAUUAUAGGGAAAUAUGGGAUGGGCGUAUUCUUCAGGAAUAUCUAAUGGAUCCUGAUGACAACACAAAGCCUCUUCUGAAGGACAAAAUGAAUUUGGCACUUUUACUUUACCUAGAUUUUUUCAAUCCAUUUCAACGAGCGGUUUAUUCAUGCGGAGCCCUGUACAUGAGUGUCCUUAACAUUCCAAAGAGUCAGCGUUUUAAAGCAAAGUGGUCAAUGCUGAUCGGUCUAAUUCCAGGUCCAUCUGAACCUGAGGGUCACAUCAAUACUUAUUUGACCCCAAUUGUAGACGACUUGAUCAUGUUAUACAAAGGAAUUCACGUUCAAGUACUUGGGCCUGAGGUCAUCUUCACCCGUUCUCUACUUCUUCCAGUACUUGCAGACAUACCAGCCUCAAGGAAGUUAUCACAAUACAAGAGUCACAAGGCCGAUCUUCCAUGUGAUAAAUGUAUGUUUCGGGCAGUUCGAGAAAAGGGCACCAGAGGGGCAAGUGGCAAGAUGAGUUUUUACACAAGCGAGAAAUCACCAGCACGGACUGACAGUGAGGUACGAAAGGCAAUGGGUAUAUAUAGAAAGGCAACAACAAAAGCAAGUGCACUAGCAAUGUCUCAAAAACAGGAGUAAAGUACAGUGAACUGGCUCGUCUGCCAUACUUCAACAUGGUUGAAAAUUUCUUAAUUGAUCCCAUGCACAGCAUCUUGAUGGGCCUUGUUUCAGACCUUGGGGAAGAACUUAUAACUAAUUCCAACAACUUGAUGACAGGAGGAGAGAGACAUCUUGGCAAACAGAUUGAAUGCUGUGAGGGUGCCCUACGAUCUUGAAGGCUACCAAAGACAAUGCUCGACAAAAUGUCAGCGCGAGGGUUGAAAGCACAACAGUGGAAGAAUUUCAUUGUCACCUAUGCAAGGGUCUGUUUAUGGAAUGUAGUACCAAACAGAUUUUAUGAUGCCACAAAAUGUCUCGCUGAGGCAGUUGAACUGCUUCUGAAAGACCCCAUAACAAGGGAUGAAGUAAACAAUAUCUCUUGUCUUCUUCACAAGCACCAUGGACUGUAUUCAAAAGUGUUUGGAAAAUUUGAGGUAAGUGUUAAUUAUCACAUGACUCUACACAUCCCUGAGCUCAUUCAGAAUUGGGGACCUCCUACCAGCUGGUGGUGCUUUCCUUAUGAAAGACACAUUGGUCUGUUAGGAGAUGUCAACACCAGUGGGAAAACUGUAGAAGAGGAGAUUUUUAGAAACUUUGUCAUGCAGCAUUUAAUUGAUGUUGCAAAGUUACCACUACUUGACAAGGUAAGUGAAAAUGAUAUUCCCUCUUCUUUAAAGCCACUUAUGAAACACAAAGACAGUGAACAUCUGGAAGAGGGAACAGAAGAAUGGUCAGUUUUUCAAAGAAUCCAAGCAGAACGUCUUUUCAGAGGGACAGAAAAUAUGUACAUGGCACCCUCAAGAACAUCUGUGACCAAUUUGGACAUCCAAAUGACAGUUGAACAAGAGGACAUAGACAAAAUCGACCAAAAAUGGCCUGUUAAGAUGCUUCCUCCAAUGAGGAUCAAGCAAAGACCAAAGUUUGAAUUUUACAAUGAGCUGAAAGAUUACAUGUCAGACAUCCAUGAGGAUUCAUUUCUGUUUGUCGAGCCCCAUAUAGAUACCUUUUGCGAGAUGUAUGGUAAAUGGUUCCACCUUUUCAUCCUCUUACAACAGAACUGACAGGGGCCAGACAGCUCUGAUCUAUUGUGUGGACAAAUUAGACAAACCUGAAAGUAAAACUGAGGUUUCUCCUUACUUUGUUCAGGCACGUUAUUUUUUACUGCACGAGUUCAUUUGAAAGACUUGAUGGGAGCUACUAGUAUGCGAGUUCAUCACCUUGGUUUUAUUUUGCCAACAAGAACCAUGAUGCGGAUAAACUCUCUGGACUUCCUGCAGUAAAGAACAGCUUUUAUCAUGGAGAGCACAUCGUAAAUGUUAGGCGGUUGAUACGGAGAGUGACUUUGCUUCCAGUCAAAAAGAACUAUCUUCUGGUAGCUAAUCUGAGUCGAUGACGAGAGUACAGCUGUAUGCAAAUCACUAAAUAGCACAAUAAGGAGACACUACUCAUUUACAUCAUUUCUGUUUACUAACGAGCACUUCAUACAUGUACAAUAAUAGUUAUUUUAAUUCGCCCAAAUUAUACAGUUUGGAAUAAUAUUAUAGUUUGACAGUCUCAAUAUAUUUGAUUUAAUGUUUGAAAUUGUUUACCACUAACAACUAUAUACUUUAAUUGCAGCAAAAUAUGUAAUUGUAAAAUAAUAUGAAAUAAAACAAUUGGACACUGCACCCAUACUGACCCUGAUCCUUCCACAUACCUAUGAAAUUACUUGGAAAGCCUAAACAGGCAUUGUUCAUAAAAAGGACAGGAAAAAGGGUAAAUUUUUUGCACUGUGAUUACUAUAGUGCAUCAUGAGAAAAGCUUGAUUCCUGUGUUUUUUAAAGGUCUCUGUUUGUCACCUUUAUUUGAUAAACUUGAGUCUGGAAAGAGAAAUAAUAAUUUUUGUUUUGGAAAAAGUCUGGAAAAAGUCUUGAAUUUUGGAUCCAAAACUCUGUGAAACAUGCACUUUUAAAAGUAGACAAAAAGUCUGCAAACUGAAAAAAGUACCAAAUGGGCAAAAAAACCCUUGAAAAUACAUUUGAAUGAGCUGCCCAAAAUUGUCAAUGUGCAUCCACUCUCAUUGGGCUCUUCCUACACAUGUGAUGUCAUCAGUUUACCAUUAGACAUUACCGUCUAACCUCUCCUUAUAAACACCUCUAUAAUACGGACACGUCUCUAUAUAUUACGGACAGUUCAUAUUUAAAAAGGUGGGGAAUCGAAAAGUUAGAAAGUUCUUUGCAUUUGGUUCCAUUUUGCCUUGGUUUCCUACAAAAGUAACCAAGGAUCAUGCUCAAAAGUAAAAUGCUUGCUCCUUGGCCACUGGUGGCAGCCCUGCCUAAAAAAAAAAAUCAGUUGUUGGGUGUUCAGGCCUAUAUAUAAUUCUCGACUGAUAGUCAAUAUCUAUGACAAGUACAAAAAAGUAAAAUAAGAGAACAAAUUGUACUUAACAUUUCAAAAUUUCUGUGUUGUUUGAUCAAGUCUGGAUCUUAAAAACUCAUUGUCACUUAAGUGCAACAUUUUAUUAAAGUUCAAGGCUGUGCUCUAAGGCUGUAACACCUAGGGUGCCCAGCAUAUGAUUUGAAUGAAAAAAGUAAGACUUUCAAGUUGCUUGAGAGCAAGAGUUAUAGGAGCGGGGUGAAUAGGCGAAUGGAUCGGCGGAUUUUGAAAAUAUUUUUGCCCACAUUUUGGAUUCAAAGCGAGAUUUUAACGGAUUUCCGGAUCCUGUAAUUGCAGCGGAUUGCGGAUUCAUCGACUUUUUAGGCCCGGAUUUCGGACUUUGCGUGUAAUAAAAAUUUUUUUGCCCAGAUUUCUGAUUCAGGGCGAAAUUUUAACAGCGGAUUUGGCCAAUAAAUCAUAACGGAUUGGCGGAUUUGCAUACCCCUAUUCAGCCCCCUCUUAUAGGCACUAGGAGCCAAUGGGCUCUGCUAGAGAACAGCUCUGAUGAAUUAAAAUAUUUGUGUUUCAUUUUAAUUUGGACCUGUUUGACCCCAGGGGUAAUCCAGAUUUCAAAUAAUGGGGAUAAUUGAAUGGGGGCUAUCACCAACAAUCAUCAUAAUAAUAAUCAUAUACCUUAACUGGUUUGGUGUCAUUUAAAAUGUUGUUUAACUCAAAUGAAUGAUUUUAUACACUUAAUUACUUUGUGCAUUGUUCAAAUCACCAUUGUAAAUUGUGAUUUAUAGUUUAAAUUAAUUUACGGUUAUAAUUAAUAUAGAUAUUGUUAUUCAAUAUUCUGUCAAAUUUACUCCAAAAAGUAUGCAAAUUAGUGUUAUUUUCUGCUAUACAAAAUGAGCUGUUUUAUUUAGUUUGAUGUAAAUCAGGUCUUCCUGCUAUCAUACAAAUUAUAACAUCAGUGGUAUUGUUUUUUGUGUGUGUGUGAAGGCCUCUUUGUGUUAAAUAAAUUACCCAACCAGCAAAAGGCAACAGUAUACAGGUAGUAUACACAUGUUUUUGACGUUAACAAGCUUCUGUUAUGAGUACCAUCACUUGAAUGUAAAUGUAUUACCAUUUUAUUUAUGAAGCAAAGCAAGAAAGUUUACCUUUAAAAGGUCCGGCCUGCAUCCAUGGAUGAUCACGAUCUUCAACUACCUUCAGAUUAAACGAUUUCAACUUGAAAGUUUCAAUAACAUACAAUAGGAUUUUCGUGUUAGAUCAGAGGUACACGGUCAAAUCUCGUACCAAGCCCCUUUCAAGUUUUAGUUUAUGCGCGCACGCUAGGAACUACAAGACUUCUUCUGCUACACUUUUCAUAUUUGUCUUCGUUUCAACUUCGUCUGAUCCUAGUUCGGUUUAUGACAGUUCGACGACCGAUCUUUCACUCGUGAAUCCAACGUUCCCUUUUGUUGGGCACAAGGUUAUGAUUCCACAAACGAUUUCAUAACAGCAGCGAAUCGCCUGGUGAUGAUUCCAGACACUCACGGUUUCGUACGUUAUGAUUCCACGAAUGAUUUUGACUUUGCUGAAAAAAUCAUCACUUAUGAUUUAGCAGAACUUCAGUCAUCAUCACAUAUGAUU